AUGCACUAUCAUGAGAAGUACGGCCAUGCAAAUCGAGAAACGGUUUUCAACGAGUUGCGGCAGAAGUUUUGGAUAACGAAUGCUAGAGCGGCGAUUUUGAAAGCAACGAAAGAAUGCGUGUGGUGUAGAGUGUAUCGCUGCGUGCCUCAGGUUCCGAUGAUGGCACCGUUGCCGGUGCAACGAAUUACAGCUCACUUGCGUCCAUUCAGCGCGGUGGGUGUCGAUUACUUGGGGCCAGUGGAGGUCACAGUGGGCCGUAGGAAGGAGAAACGAUGGAUUGCCGUCUUCACGUGUAUGGCGGUGAGAGCGGUACACUUGGAAGUGGUUCACAGUCUAUCUACACAAUCCUGUUUGAUGGCUCUUCGACGUCUUUCUUGUAAGCGAGGAGCUCCGGAACAAAUAUUUUCGGAUAACGCGACAUGCUUCCGCGGAGCCGAUGCAGUGAUGGUGCGAACGAUCAAGAACAUCAACAAGGAGUGCGCUGAAAAAAUGACAACAGCAGUAACAGCGUGGCAUUUCAAUCCUCCCGCAACACCUCACAUGGGCGGUGUUUGGGAGCGGAUGGUGCGGUCCGUAAAGGAGGCAAUGCGUGCGUUGGACGAUGGGCAGAAGUUGACGGAUGAAAUUCUCGCGACAAUGCUGGCUGAAGCUGAGGACAUGAUAAACACACGUCCGUUAACAUACAUUCCUCAAGAUUCAGCGGAAGAAGAAGCUAUUACACCGAACCACUUUCUCCGUGGGUCGGUGACGAAUGCGGACAUGCAAGUAGAUGGUUCCGUAGACUUUGCAGAAGUGCUACGAAAUACGUACAAACGGUCGCAGUAUCUGGCAAAUACGAUGUGGGAGCGUUGGCUGAAAGAGUACUUGCCUACCUUGAACCAUCGCCCAAAGUGGUUCGAGGAGCGAAAAUCUUUAGAAGCUGGUGAUUUGGUGUUCGUAGUCGACGGCAAAAACAGGAAGAACUGGGUGCGAGGAAGAGUGGAAAAGAUAAUCGAGGGGUCAGAUGGACGUAUACGUCAAGCGGAUGUAAAAACUUCAGAUGGAAAGGUGCAUAGGCGAGCAGUGGCGAAUUUAGCGGUGUUAGAGGUUCUAGACGGUAAAUCCGGAAUCUCAGGUGAAGCUACCGGAUGUUACGGGCUGGGGAAUGUUCACACCGCUGAACAGUGCUAG